CGAUAUCGACUCUGCAAGAAUUUAUAUAUUUUCUCUAAAUUUCCGCUGAUGAUGAUUCUGCCUCCUGCCCCCAGAUUCUCAGAGAGAUAUAUAUCUCUACAAAAAUCACGACAUUUUCUAAAUCCACAGAGCCCGAGCCACAAUAUUUGACGUCACUGAAAUUCACGAGGGGAAGGGAAGCAGAGCUGAGAGAGAGAUUUGGUAGGUGGGUGGGCGGUGAAAAUGAAGAAGGAGGCGGUGGUUGUUGCAGCGGUGGCCGGGGCGGCGGCGGUUUGCGCCGCUGCUGCGGCUGCGGAUGUGUUGGUCCGCCGGAGGAGGCAGAGCCGGCGGCGGGAGAAGGCGAGGGCGAUUGCUGAUGCGUUCCAGCGCAAGUGUGCGACGCCGAUGGUGAAGCUGCAGAAGCUCGCCGAGGCUAUGGCUGACGAGAUGCACGCCGGGCUGUCGUUGAACGGCGGCAGCAAGCUCAAGAUGCUCGUUAGCUACGUCGACAAUCUCCCCACUGGAGAUGAGAAAGGGUUGUUUUAUGCGUUGGAUCUUGGUGGUACGAAUUUCCGGGUGAUGAGAGUGGUGUUGGGCGGGCAAGAAGAGCGAGUGGUCAAACAAGAAUCAGUAGAGGUCUCCAUUCCGCCACACGUCAUGACUGCAACUUCAGAUGAAUUGUUCGAUUUCAUUGCUCAAGCUCUGAAGAUAUUUGUUGAUACGGAAGGGGAAGAUAUGCGGCUAUCUCCUGGUAGGCAAAGAGAACUGGGUUUUACAUUCUCGUUUCCAGUCAAUCAGACAUCGAUAUCAUCGGGCAAUCUUAUCAAAUGGACAAAAGGGUUCUCCAUUGAUGACACGGUUGGACAAGAUGUUGUGGCCCAUCUGACGAAAGCCAUGGAAAGAUUCGGCGUUGACAUGCGCGUGGCAGCUUUGGUGAAUGAUACAAUUGGAACAUUGGCUGGAGGAAGGUAUAAUAACCCAGCUGUCAUUGCAGCUGUGAUAUUGGGUACUGGAACAAAUGCGGCAUAUGUAGAACGAGCAAAUGCUAUUCCAAAGAUGCAGGGUGUUGUACCUAAGUCUGGCGAAAUGGUUAUCAACAUGGAAUGGGGUAGUUUCCACUCUCCACACCUUCCGUUGACAGAAUAUGAUAAAGCCCUGGAUAUUGAGUCCUUGAAUCCUGGAGAUCAGAUUUUUGAAAAGGUGAUAUCUGGUAUGUAUUUAGGAGAAAUCUUGCGCAGGGUUCUACUAAAGAUGGCUGAAGAAGCUGCCUUGUUUGGUGAUGUUGUUCCUCCAAAAUUGAUGUCUCCAUUCAUCUUGAGGGACUCCAGUCAUGUCAGCGGUGCAUCACGAUACCUCACCAGAUUUAACAGUUGUUGGAAGCAAACUAAAAGAAGUCUUCGAGAUAUCAAAUACUUCCUUGGAAACAAGAGAGCUCAUUGUCGAGCUCUGCGACACUAUUGCCACCCGUGGAGCCCGUCUAUCAGCUGCUGGGAUUUUCGGCAUCCUCAAGAAAGUUGGAAGAGACACAGUUCAAAAAGGGGACGAGAAGAAGUCGGUGAUAGCAUUAGAUGGCGGGUUGUUCGAGCAUUACGCAAAGUUUAGAGACUGCUUGAAAGCCACUCUAACUGAAUUGCUUGGAGAUGAAGUUUCAGAGAGUGUAACCAUCGAGCUCUCAAACGAUGGCUCUGGCAUCGGCGCAGCGCUCUUGGCUGCUUCUCAUUCUCAAUACUCAGAGGCCACUGAAGAAUCUUGAGAGAGCAUCAUGUGUAGGCAGUUUGUAGACAGAUAGAAGGUCUAAACCUUGAAGUCUCCUUCAGAUAAUGUAGAACAAGAAUUGUUGUAAGCGGCACCAGAUCUCAAGAUCUCCUAAUAGUGCGACGAACCCAAAGCCUCUCCUAAAGACUAGUAAUGUCUCCAAGCUUUUACCGUUUCUGUUUAUGAUUCUAGAUGUGUCAACAAUGGCUUAUUAUUAUAUUAUAUAAAACAUGAAAGCUGGGUUCCUCCCUACUUUCUUAACACUGUUUCACUCCUUAACGUUUUGUGAGCAACGAGAAAAAGGGCUUCUAUUCUUCUAAUAUACAGCUUCCC